CCGAGGCCCCCGUUGAUGCCGCAGAGCUCCCCCAGCGCCGCCGCCAGCGCCCCCGACAUGGACAAGAGCAGCGGCUGCGGCGGCCCCUCCGCCUCCUCGGGCAGCAGCAAAGGGCAACAGCCGCCCCGCUCCGCCUCGGCGGGGCCGGCCGGCGAGUCUAAACCCAAGAGCGAUGGAAAGAACUCAAGUGGAUCCAAGCGUUGUAAUCGCAAACGUGAACCUUCCUACCCCAAAAAUGAAAAUUUUAGCAACCAGUCCCGUCGCUCCAAUUCACAGAAAAGCAAAACUUUUAACAAGAUGCCUCCUCAAAGGGGCGGCGGCAGCAGCAAACUCUUUAGUUCUUCUUUUAAUGGUGGAAGACGAGAUGAGGUAGCAGAGGCUCAACGGGCAGAGUUCAGCCCUGCCCAGUUCUCUGGUCCUAAGAAGAUCAACCUGAACCACUUGUUGAAUUUCACUUUUGAACCCCGUGGCCAGGCAGGUCACUUUGAAGGCAGUGGACAUGGCAGCUGGGGAAAAAGGAACAAGUGGGGGCAUAAGCCUUUUAACAAGGAACUCUUUUUACAGGCCAAUUGCCAAUUUGUGGUGUCUGAAGACCAAGACUACACAGCUCAUUUUGCAGAUCCUGAUACCUUAGUCAACUGGGACUUUGUGGAACAAGUGCGUAUUUGUAGCCAUGAAGUGCCAUCUUGCCCGAUAUGCCUAUAUCCACCUACUGCAGCCAAGAUUACUCGCUGUGGACACAUCUUCUGUUGGGCAUGCAUCCUGCACUAUCUUUCACUGAGUGAGAAGACAUGGAGUAAAUGUCCCAUCUGUUACAGUUCUGUGCAUAAGAAGGAUCUCAAGAGUGUUGUUGCCACAGAGUCACGUCAGUAUGUUGUUGGUGAUACCAUUACGAUGCAGCUGAUGAAGAGGGAGAAAGGGGUGUUGGUGGCCUUGCCCAAAUCCAAAUGGAUGAAUGUAGACCAUCCCAUUCAUCUAGGAGAUGAACAGCACAGCCAAUAUUCCAAGUUGCUGCUGGCUUCUAAGGAACAGGUGCUGCACCGGGUGGUUCAGGAAGAGAAGGUAGCACUAGAGCGGCAGCUGGCAGAGGAGAAGCACACUCCUGAGUCCUGCUUUAUUGAGGCUGCGAUCCAGGAGCUCAAGACUCGGGAGGAGACUCUGUCAGGAUUGGCUGAAAGCAAAGGGGAGGUUACUGGUGUCGUGGCUGCUCUGGAACAACUGGUGCUGAUGGCUCCCUUGUCUAAGGAGUCCGUUUUCCAACCCAGGAAGGAUGUGCUAGAGUAUAUGUCGGCUUUUGAUGAAGAAACCACCGAGGUUUGUUCUCUGGGCUCUCCUCGUCCUCUUGCUCUCCCUCUGGUAGAGGAAGAGGAAGCAAUGCUUGAACCAGAACCCGAGGGCUCGUCAGAGGCCUGUGAUGACUUGGAGUUAGCAGAUGACAAUCUUGGAGAGGGGACCAUCUGUACUGAGUCCAUCCAGCAAGAGCCCAUCCCCAAGCCAGGCUUCACACACCUGAGCAGCUCUCCUUGCUAUUACUUUUACCAAGCGGAGGACGGGCAGCACAUGUUCCUGCAUCCUGUGAACGUGCGCUGCCUUGUGCGGGAGUAUGGCAGUUUGGAGCAGAGCCCUGAGAAGAUCUCGGCCACGGUGGUGGAGAUUGCUGGCUACUCCAUGUCUGAGGAUGUUCGACAACGUCAUAGAUAUCUCUCUCACUUGCCGCUCACCUGUGAGUUCAGCAUCUGUGAACUGGCUCUGCAGCCUCCUGUGGUCUCUAAAGAAACCCUAGAGAUGUUUUCAGAUGACAUUGAGAAGAGGAAGCGUCAGCGUCAGAAGAAGGCACGGGAGGAACGCCGCCGAGAGCGCCGGAUUGAGAUGGAGGAGAACAAGAAACAGGGCAAAUACCCAGAAGUCCACAUUCCCCUGGAGAAUCUACAGCAGUUUCCUGCCUUCAAUUCCUAUACCUGCUCCUCUGAUUCUGCUUUGGGUCCCACCAGCACCGAGGGCCAUGGGCCCCUCUCCCUUUCUCCUCUUAGCAGAAGUCCAGGUUCCCAAGCAGAUUUUCUGCUGACCCCUCUGUCACCCACUGCCAGUCAGAGUAGUUCUUCAUUUUGUGUUGGAAGUUUGGAAGAAGAUUCUCCCUUCCCUUCCUUUGCCCAGGACAUGGAGGACAUGACUGAAACAGUGUGUCAAGUACCUGGAGAAAGCUUUUCAAAGAUGCUGAGGGUUGGAAAAGCAAAAGCAGAUGUGUGGCCCAAAACGGCUCCAAAGAAAGAUGAAAACAGCUUAGUUCCUCCUGCCCCUGUGGACAGUGAUGGAGAGAGUGAUAACUCAGACCGUGUUCCUGUGCCCAGUUUCCAAAAUUCCUUCAGCCGAGCUAUUGAGGCAGCCUUCAUGAAAUUGGACACGCCAGCUUCUUCAGAUCCCCUCUCUGAUAAAGGAGGAAAGAAAAGAAAAAAACAGAAACAGAAGCUCCUGUUCAGCACCUCUGUCGUCCACACCAAGUGACACUACUGGUCCAGGCUACCUUUUCCAUCUUUUUUUUUUCCCCUGUGCUUUUGUUUUGCUGCUGUAAUUUUUAAGUAUUUGAGUUUGAACAGAUUAGGGGAGGGGGGAGGGGGUUUCCACAACAUGAAGGGGGAACCAAGAAAAUUUUAAAUACAGUGUAUUUUCCAGCUUCCCGUCUUUACACCAAAAUAAAGUAUUGCCACACAAGAGAUCUCUUCCUGCCAAGGUUUUAGUUUGUUGCCAGGUUAGUCUUUUUGACCCAUGUGUAAUUAGUUUUUCUCUUCAACAUCCCCUUGGAGCAGCCCAAGCCAGAGUCGUGUAGCCCUACUCUGCUGUGACAUCAUUGUCAGGGCAUCAUGGCUUCAGCACAUUGAUUCAUUUGUUUUUCAAAAUUAGUUGACUUUUUUCUAUCAGUUGUCCUCUUCUUAAAGAAAUAGGGAUGGGAAUAAAAUGGAUUUAGGACACCCAGAUUGAAUUGCAGUUUUUUUCCUGAUAAAUAGCCAGGCUAUGGUGCAGACCUCGAUUGCACUUGCAUCUGUAAUAGAGAGGGUUUAGCCUCCUAAACAUGGCUUCUAUUAAGCAUAGGAAGCUGUGUCACUAAGGGAACCCUGAGAUCUGCCAGCCUCUAGCCAAACUUGUUUUAAGUGACAGUGACCUGCAUCGUAGGAGUAGAGGAGUCUGGCAUACCUGGAGGUAGAGCAGAGCAGGCUGCCCGCCACCUCCUGUUUUCUAGGCAGUCUUAUGCCUUAGUUUGAGCUGGAUUUUGAGUGAUGUGUAUUCUGCUGCUUAAUAAAGUGAUCUCUAGGUGUAAUAGAAUGUGAAGGCAAAUAGUACAAUAAAUCACCUGCAUAAGCAUUAUGUGCUUUCUGGUUUUUU